CCGAACGCACGGAUUUACUCCGUCAUGGCGCGUCCUGGACCCUGUGGACUCUGUGCGCCACGACACGACUGCCCUGCGCGGCAAGAGGCAUGCGCACCUGUUGUUGCUCCCACAAGAAUUGCGUUGAACUGGAUUUCCUCUGUCCCACGGAGACUUGGACAGGUACCGGUCGAGUCGAGUAGCCCUUCUUGGACUCCCCGAGGACUUCAGGCCGCGAUGGAGUAACGGCCAUCAGAGGAAGUGGGGCGCCAUUUUGUCGAGUCCCAUCGACCCGAGCGGCGAGACGACGCCGACCCACCACACAGAAAAUCCCAUCUGCGGGAACAUCGCAGGUUACGGGGAGCGCGACACCUUACGAAGACUUUCAGCCAACACGGGCGCCUCAACGCGUCGCUGCAAGCACAACAAAAGGGGGCAACCAAGCUCCACGAUUCCAGAGCGGCCCAUCCAACCGCAGACGGCUGGAGAACGACUCCCGGGGCGGGGCAAACUCUCGCGCCCGCUACGCUUCCCCGCUUAUGGGGAAGAACUUUUUAAAGACUAGGUGGGAAAACGGAAGCAAAGCCGUAACGGCUGUGCUUGUUUGGUUGAUUUUUAACCGCAUUUCAGGCGGCACAUCUCACACGCCAAAAAGGAAUUAAAGGAGCAGCCCACUGUAAACAUGGAUGACAUCUUCACACUGUGUCGAGAGGGCAACUCCGUGGCCGUUCGCCUGUGGUUGGACAACACGGAAAAUGACCUUAAUUUGGGGGACGACCACGGCUUCAGCCCGCUGCACUGGGCAUGCCGGGAGGGGCGCGGUGGACUAGUGGACAUGCUCAUCAUGAGGGGCGCCCGCAUCAACGUCAUGAACCGCGGCGACGACACCCCUUUGCAUCUGGCGUCCAGCCACGGCCACACCGACAUCGUGGCCAAACUGAUUCAGUGCAAGGCGGACCCCAACACGGUCAACGAGCACGGGAACACGCCGCUGCACUACGCAUGCUUCUGGGGGCAAGAGGCAGUAGCACAGGAUCUGGUGGUGAGCGGCGCUCAGGUGUGUGUGUGCAACAGGUACGGACAGACGCCACUCGAUAAGGCCAAGCCUCACCUCAGGCAACUGCUCCAAGAGAAGGCAGAAAAACUGGGACAGAGUUUGAUCAAAAUUCCCUACAAGGAAACCUUCUGGAAGGGCACCAUGAGGACCAGGCCUCGUAACGGCACUCUCAACAAGCAGGCCGGCAUUGAUUACAAACAACUUUCACUGCUGGCCAAAAUCAAUGAAAACCACUCAGGAGAGAGUUUUUUUUGUCGCUGGCAGGGGGACGAGGUGGUGGUGAAGGUGCUGCAGGUGAGGGAGUGGAGCACCAGGAAGAGCAGAGACUUCAGCGAGGAGCAUCCCAAGCUCCGGAUCUUUUCUCACCCCAACAUCCUCCCAGUUCUGGGAGCGUGUCAAUCCCCCCCGGCACCUCACCCCAUCAUCAUCACCCCUUACAUGCCGUAUGGAUCUCUCUACAACCUUCUCCACCAGGGCACCACUCUGGUGGUGGACCAAAGCCAAGCGGUCAAGUUUGCGCUGGAUGUCGCCAGUGCCAUGACCUUCCUCCACACUCUGGAGCCAUUAGUGCCACGGCUGUACCUCAACAGUAGACAUGUCAUGAUUGACGAGGACAUGACGGCUAGGAUAAGCAUGGCGGACGCCAAGUUCUCUUUCCAGUGUGCCGGACGCAUGUACUCUCCGGCCUGGAUGGCCCCAGAAGCCCUCCAGAAGCGCUCGGAAGACAUCAACAGGAGAUCGGCCGACAUGUGGAGCUUCGCCGUGCUCCUGUGGGAGCUGGUCACCAGGGAGGUGCCCUUCGCCCAUCUCUCUCCCAUGGAAAUUGGCAUGAAGGUGGCUCUGGAGGGCCUGCGCCCAACCAUCCCGCCGGGGAUCUCGCCUCACAUCUGCAAGCUGAUGAAGCUGUGCAUGAACGAAGACCCCGCCAAGAGGCCCAAGUUUGAUAUGAUCAUGCCCAUCUUGGAAAAAAUGCAAGACAAGUGA